GCUGAGCUCCUUCCCUGGAGGGCGGGCAGCAGCAGUAGCAGCAUUAACAUAGCUGAACAGUUAAGAACUCACCUGCCCAAGAGGAAAAAAGCAAUAGGAGGCUGGUUUUGCACUGAGAGGACUUGUGUGGUGUUUCUGGGACGUAGCCUGCAAGAUGUCUUCAACAACCGCUGGUGCCUCCCUACCCAGUGGCAUCCGGGCCCUGGGUAGCUUUCCUGAUGUCCUUUUCAUCCCGGAAUUCGUGUUUGGUGGUCUUGUCUGGAUCCUGGUGGCUUCUACCAGAGUAUAUUUAACCAUCUUUCAAGGCUGGGUGAUGUUUGUCUCGGUCUUCUGCUUUGUAAUUUCAACAUUGCUUUUCUUCCUGUAUAUGUGUAAUGCUCAUGGAGGGAAGCCUGCUUGGGUUGCUCUGGAUGCUUUCUACCAGGUAAUUGCUUCUAUCUUCUAUUUGAGUGCAGCAGUGCUGGUAGCUGCCACUACAAUGACAAUCAAAGAUCAUAUGACACUUGGCGAUGACACAUACUUCAAAGAGUACAAAAUAGAUAUUGCAGCAUCGGUGUUUGCCUUUGUAGCCACGCUGACGUAUGUGAUUCAUAUGGUGUUCUCACUACUGAGAUGGAAAUCCUCCUAAAACCUCUGAACAUCAUCUUGAAACGGAUUUUGCAGGCUGGUUACCGUUUGUUUGUUUAAAAGAUUGUCUUACUCUAGAGAUUUUUGUAUACAUGACUUUAUUGUACUCUGGCAGGAAAAUCCUUGUUUCUGUUUUUAGCUAAUCUCUCCGCCCCGCCCCCUCCACGCACCCAUGAGUCUUGGCUGCAUAGCCUGUGGCAUGGAGGAGCCUGGGGAUCUCUCUUAAACGUAUUUGUAUUAUGACUGCCUUUUAUGUAAAUGGA